CCGCCCAGUAGGCAGCGUUAUCACACCAGCCAUCACGGGAGACUGAAACUGAAGUCAUCUAGCCAAGUCCCACAACUAGCAACCAGCUGCAUGUCUGUAAACAUGCCAGGGGAAGAAGCUACACCAUGAUUUAUUUAUAAGAUCUGCUUCUGCACAGCCCCGAGAACUAUACGCAGAGGGAAAUACAAUAUAACUAGACAGAAAGUACUGAACCUCGUUAAUUAUCUGGAUGUAAAUUCACAAGACCUUAUGCAUCUAACAUCUGGAAAGAAAAGAUGACCAAGAGCAAUGACUGCUGGUGCUUGUUGUAGGAGCUGGGGGUCGUGCUGCAGAAAUUUCACACGUGGAUCUGGAAGGCGCAGAGGAAAUUUACAGUGCUAAUAGGGGAAGAAUCGAGGCUGCAAAGGGUGUUAGCAGACAGAAUAAUAAGUUGUAUUGAAAAACGAAAAAAGCUUAUACAUUAUUAUUACAUAGCUUUACUGUAAAGCAGAGUCACCAACCUCGGUGCUACAUUUACGGCAAGUGGGGAGCCUUAGAUCCUACAGAGGAGAUAUGAGUGACAGCAGUGAGGGAAUAAGUUUUUCGGUGCCUUCCUCGCCGCUGCCUGGUCAUGGGUGCUGCAUGUAUGAAGAUAAGCCGGGGCACAAGCAUCAGGGGGCUGCAACUGGUUGUGGUGGUGGUGGCGGCACCAGGCUACCUGCUGCUGGUAGCUUCUGGCAUGAAGAUUCUCUUCACGGUGUAGUAGGGGGAAGUGCUGUUGCCCGUUGUGUUAAGGUGCUUACCGCUUCGGUGACCAGCAGCCGCUCCACCACAGUGGUCUAUGUGAUCAAUGAGGUCAACUCGGGGCUGCAGGCCUGUGAGAGUGCUGCGCUGCACAGCCUGGAGGAGGCGUGCGAGAGUCAGGGGGCAGUUCUUGAGACCCUACAUUUCAGCAAAUUGGAUUUUGGGGAGACUACCGUGCUGGACCGUUUCUAUAAUGCAGAUAUUGCUGUGGUGGAGAUGAGCGAUGCUUUUCGCCAACCGUCCCUGUUCUACCAUCUGGGUGUGAGAGAAAGUUUUAGUAUGGCCAAUAACAUAAUCUUGUACUGUGAUACAAAUUCUGAAUCCCUGCAGUCCUUGAAGGAAAUCAUUUGCCAAAAGAAUAAUAUGUGCACUGCCAACUAUACAUUUGUUCCUUAUAUGAUCACACCACAUAAUAAGGUGUUUUCCUGCGAAAGCAGUUUUAUGAAAGGACUGACUGAAUUAAUGCAGCCGAACUUCGAGUUGCUUCUCGGGCCCAUUUGUUUGCCAUUAGUUGAUCGCUUUGUCAAGAUCCUGAAAUUGGCGCAAGCCAGUUCUUGUCAAUAUUUUCGCGAGGCUAUACUAAACGACAUCAGAAGGGCACGCAAUCACUACUCCGGAAAGGAGCUGGAAUCUGAACUGAGAAGAAUCCGACAGCGUGUGGAUAACAUUGAAGUAUUAUCACCAGACAUCAUUAUAAACUUGUUGUUAUCAUACAGAGAUAUCCAGGAUUAUGAUUCAAUUGUGAAGCUCGUAGAAAAUUUAGAAAAGUUGCCAACCUUUGACAUGAAUGCCCAUCAUCAUGUGAAGUUUCAUUAUGCAUUUGCUUUAAACAGGAGAAAUCUUCCAGGGGACAGGAAAAAAGCCCUAGAAAUAAUGAGGCCACUAGUACAUCAAGAAGAACCAAUAGCUUCGGACCUGUACUGCCUGAUGGGAAGGAUCUAUAAAGAUAUAUUCUUGGACUCAAACUUCAUGGAUAUAGAAAGUAGAGACAAUGGUAUUUCCUGGUACCGAAAAGCAUUUGAAUCGGAGCCAUCACUUCAGUCUGGAAUUAAUUAUGCAGUUCUUCUUCUGGCCGCUGGUCAUCAGUUUGAUUCUUCCUUUGAACUACGUAAAGUUGGUGUGAAGCUCAGCAGUCUGCUUGGCAAAAAAGGAAACCUGGAGAAGCUGCAGAGUUAUUGGGAUGUUGGCUUUUACCUGGGGGCUAGUGUUUUGGCCAAUGACCAUAUGAGAGUGGUCCAGGCAGCUGAAAGGCUUUUUAAAUUGAAGGCACCAGCAUGGUAUUUAAAAUCUGUGGUAGAGACAAUUUUGAUAUAUCAACACUUUAAGAAACCAAACCAAGAUCAGCAGGUAGCCAAACAGGAACUUGUUGAUUUUUGGAUGGAUUUCCUUGUUGAGUCUACAAAUACGGAUAUCUCUGUGGUACGAUUCCCUGUCCUCAUUCUAGAACCAACAAAAAUAUACCAGCCCUCAUAUCUGUCAAUCAAUAGUGAGGCUGACGUUAAGACUGUAUCUAUAUGGCAUGUGCUUCCUGACGAUAAGAAAGGAAUUCAUGAGUGGAAUUUCAGUGCUACCUCUAUACGUGGUGUAAGCAUUUCAAAGUUUGAAGAAAGGUGCUGUUUUCUGUAUGUUCUGCACAACUCAGAUGACUUCCAGAUAUAUUUUUGCACAGAACUCCACUGUAAAAAAUUCUUCGACAUGGUAAAUAGCAUCACUGAAGAAAAUGGCAAGAACGCAGAAGAAGGGGAAUUUGAUGGGGAUUCUUUAGAGUUUGACUAUGAAUAUGAUGAAAAUGGAGACAGAGCUGUCCUCGGCAAAGGAACACAUGGCGUUGUAUAUGCUGGACGAGACCUCAGUAAUCAAGUCAGAAUAGCCAUAAAGGAAGUACCUGAGAGAGACAGCAGGUACUCUCAGCCGCUUCAUGAGGAGAUUGCUUUGCAUAAGCAUUUGAAACACAAGAACAUUGUUCAGUAUAUGGGCUCCUUCAGUGAAAAUGGUUUUAUUAAAAUCUUCAUGGAACAAGUCCCAGGAGGAAGCCUUUCUGCUCUAUUAAGAUCAAAAUGGGGACCCUUAAAAGACAACGAACAGACAAUUGGCUUUUAUACUAAGCAGAUACUCGAUGGCCUGAAGUAUCUCCAUGACAACCAGAUAGUACACAGAGACAUAAAGGGAGAUAAUGUACUGAUAAACACGUACAGUGGAGUGCUGAAAAUCUCUGACUUUGGAACAUCCAAGAGGCUUGCAGGAAUCAACCCUUGCACAGAAACAUUCACUGGCACGCUUCAGUAUAUGGCACCAGAAAUAAUAGACAAAGGACCAAGGGGAUAUGGGAAGCCUGCAGAUAUUUGGUCUCUGGGAUGCACAGUCAUUGAGAUGGCAACAGGAAAACCUCCAUUUUAUGAAUUGGGAGAACCACAAGCUGCCAUGUUUAAGGUUGGCAUGUUCAAAAUACAUCCAGAAAUCCCAGAAUCAAUGUCUGCAGAGGCAAAGGCCUUUUUGUUGCAAUGUUUUGAGCCAGAUCCUGUGAAGCGAGCAGCAGCUACUGAGCUACUUAUUGAUGAGUUCUUGAGAGUCUCUAGCAAGAAACGCAAGUCCAAUCUUAAACUAACAGCUCUCUCAGGUGGAUCAAAUGAGUACCUUCGGAGCAUAUCCCUUCCAGUUCCUGUGAUGAUAGAAGAUACAAGUAGUAGCAGUGAUUAUGGUUCUGUUUCUCCUGACACUGAGUUAAGACCAGAUCCAUUUGCCUUUAAAACACGAGCCAGGUCAUACAUAGAGAAAGAUGGGAGGAUUCAGAGAAGUCUUUUUCUUGGAAUCCCUGAUGAGAAUUUUGAAGAUCAUAGUGCACCUCCAUCUCCUGAAGAGAGAGACUCUGGUUUCUUUAUGCUGAAAAAAGACAGCGAGCGCAGAGCUACACUACAUCGAAUCCUGACUGAAGAUCAGGACAAAGUGGUUAGGAACCUGAUGGAAGCUUUAGUGCAGCAGGGGUCUGAGGAAACCAACUUGAAGUGUGAGCAUAUAACAACCUUGGUGACCAGCUUAAGAGAGUUUGUGCGAUCUACUGAUAGAAAAAUCAUUGCAACUACCCUAUCAAAACUGAAAUUAGAGCUGGACUUUGACAGCCAUGCUAUAAGUCAAAUCCAGGUGGUACUUUUUGGCUUUCAAGAUGCGGUUAACAAAGUCCUUCGAAACCAUAACAUCAAGCCUCACUGGAUGUUUGCCUUAGACAGCAUCAUUCGCAAAGCUGUGCAGACAGCCAUUACCAUACUGGUGCCAGAACUAAGGCCACAUUUUAGUAUCACAUCUGAGAGUGACCCAGCUGAUCAAGAUGACAUAGAAGUGGAAGACCACAAUGACCAGACCACGGAACAAACCAUUCAAAGGCCAAGUGCAGUGAAUGAGGACACAGUGCAAACCUCAGGCGUGAGCACUCUUAGCUCAACUAUGUCCCAUGAUUCUCAGACUGUGCAGAGGUCCCUUAAUAUGGAACUUGGAAGACUGAGAUUAGAAUCAAACAGACUCCUUGAAGAACUGCUAAAUAAGGAGAAAGAAUUCCAUAGUCUUUUAAGACAAGCUAUAGAAGAGAAGGAUAAUGAAAUCAAAAGAGUUCAACAAAAAUCCAAGCCCAUAGAUAUACCAGGCAUUUGUGUCUCUCACUCGCAGUCGUCUAACACAGGCAAUGAAGAUGUAGAACUUAUUUAUUGGUUGAGAGAGCAUAAAGCAGAUGAAGAUACUAUAAACAAGUUUUUAGCAGAAGAUUAUCGACUUGAGGACAUUUUGCUUCAUGUUACAAGAGAGGAUUUAAAAUGUCUGAGAAUAAGGGGUGGAAUGCUGUGCAUAAUCUGGAAGGCUAUUAAUCAGUUCAGAGAAACACAGUCUUCUUGAUACAUGGACUUAAUCAUUUGGGCUUUUUUUCAGCUGUAGCCCAGAACAGGGUUCCCGGUGAAGAUACUGCUGCACUUUAUUUCAAUGUUUGUUUACCAAUGUGAAAUCAUCAUACAUUCCUAUGUUUAUUCCAUUCUGAAGAGCAACCUAACAUUAAUGGAGCUAUGAAUGUUUGAAGAGACUGUGCAUCCUGUAUAAUAAUGAACAUUUUUAUUCAAUACUGUGUGGUUUUUACAUUUUAGGUGUGGGAUAACCCUUCACUGCCAAAGUGAACUUGUCAUUUUAAUGAUAAUCUUUGUGGCAAAAAGGUUAAAUGUUUGUUUACUGAUUUUUUUUUUUAAUUCAUUGAAUAUACCUUAAGAAUUACACACAAGCAAAAUGUGAGAACAAUUCUGUCUUUUUUUCAUGACUGAAGAAAGCUUUUCUUAUUUACUGUAACUUAAGUGCUUAUGUGACAAGGUCAGAGGUCCCAUUCGUUCUGCCCAAUCUCUUCCUGCAAACCACCCAAAGCCCCACCCCCAGGCUUUCACUUUGCUCACUGCCCCCCAGUCUCAGAUAUUUUACAACAAUUAUUGGGUGGUAUGCAGGGUUAAUUUCUUUUAGUAUUAAUGUCUUCUUAUUAAGAGACUUCGUCUGAACAUUGCCAUGCCUGUGAAAUUGUUUGAUGUGAUCUGAAACCUUUGAUUUUAUGUAAAUGUCUCAUCCCAGGCUUAGUUUCCUAUUUCUGUGGCAAGAUGUCAGGGCUUUUGGCUUUGUAGUGUACAUUAUCAUGCCUCUUGUCACAUUUUUGCCCGGCUAGCAAAUAGUGUAGCAGCUAGGCCCUCUAGUCUUCUCCUCCCCUCAUAGAGUUAACAUAGCAUUUUAGAGACAGCACAAAAUGCCAAGAGAAAAACGUCAGCUGAGCAAAUGGGGUCUUGAUAUGUUGUGGAAAAGAGAGGGGCAUUUGUGUCUUUUCAGGUUACUUCUCAGCAUUGUUUUAGAACUAGGAGGACAUUGGCGUGACAUGUUUUAUAGAUAUAACGGGUAAUAGGAGGUUUCAUAAACGCCACAAGAGCAAAAUCCAACAUUUAACCCAUUUUCUGCCAGCUUAGGUAUAUUGCUUGCAAUGUGGUUACUUUUUUCAGGGUCGUUCCCAGGUAUGAACAUGACCGAUACUACAUUUCUUAUACAACUGUGCAUUUUUAUUUUUUUUCAUUUGAACAAUAUCAAACUGUAACAGUUCAACAAAACCUGAAUGUCAUGGUACUAAUGUUAGCUUGUUCUAAAGCUAUUGUGAAGUCUUACAAAUAAAGAUCUAGGAAAAAUA